AUGACGUCGACCCCCAUGCCUGGGCUUUUCUACUUCCAGCUGCUUUUGGUAUUCAGUUGUAUGCAUUUGUUACCACACCAUGCAGUUUCUGUAGUCUUGAAGGUGAGCGAGAUUCUCGUUGAGAGUCUUGAGGAGGGAGAAUGCACGGAUGAUAACCAAGUGCUUUUCGAUGCAGCGACGGAGGCCUCCACGGGGACUACGGAGGAUUUCGAAGAGGAUCCCAGUGACGGCGUCCUGGGACCCUCGGAGCAGAUGCCGUUGCCGGCGUUGGGCUCGACGAAGCUGCCCUUCAAUGCACUAGCGGCCGCCAGGCAUACUUGCCAACUAGCCAGUCGGGGAGGGCAAGAGACCAUCGUCCCGCCCCACCUCCGGCGGCUGAUGUGGCUCCGCUGGCUCGGUGUCAUCCGAGGGAAGAGUCCUCGUGACUGGCUCCAGGAGCUUCGAGUCCACCGAGCUGAGUUCAAUCAGCUGCUAGCGGAGGCGGCUUCACCAUCGACGCCCCAAGAGACCAAGCUGCGGAAGCUGAUCCGUUUGGAUGUGGCCCGUUGCUUCUCAGAGGUGCCGCGGCUCCGGUGCGGCGCCGCGCGCGUGGCGCUGCGGCAGCUCUUGGAGGUGCAGCUGCGCAGGCGCCAAGACCAUCCUGCCUACUGUCAAGGCUACCAUGAGCUAGCAGCGGUGAUGUUGCUGGUGUGCAUGGAUGGUGCCUGGCCCGAAGCUGCGCGGGUGAAGGAGCAGCUGGGCCAGUCCAACGUGGUGGACGAAGGUGACCUGAAGGUCUACGAGGAGCUUUGCAGUGCCGAGUCGGUUCCUGCCGACGCGUUGGUCUUGCUUGAGGCGCUUCUUUAUGAGCACCGCCUCGUGGACCUCUAUGAGCCCAGCAGCUCCUCCAACGGCGAGGAGGAAGCCGUCGUCGCCCUGCGCUGCCGCCGGAUCACUGCCGGCUUGAGACGGAUCGCCCCUGAUGUGGCCUACGAGAUUGAGAGUUGGGGCCUCACGCCUCAUGUGCUGUUGCUCCGAUGGGUUCGUUUGCUCUUCCUGCGCGAGCUGAAAUUUCCCUCGGAUGUGCUCAUAGCAUGGGACGCGAUCUUCGCCGAUGCCCAUUGUGCCAACAGUGAUGAGGCGGCGCCCGCGCCAGAAGGGGUGCUUCCCUCCUCGGCAGCCUUGCCCUUGGUUGACUACCUUGCUUUGGCGAUGAUUCUGGCAGCGCCUCCUUCCAAGCCAGAAGAGCUUUUGCACUUCAAUGAGCGCGCGCCGGAGGUUCGGAAGCUCCUGGCCUUUUCCUGGCAACUUCGGGACUUUGCGAACUCCAUGCCUAGACCAUCUGGGAUGCGUCGGCCGGGAGGCCGUCCGUUCCCACAGCCGCCGGCUGCCUGCUAUCCCAAGAUAGGUGUACAGAAACCUGCUCAUAGUGAAAAGGAUCACCGCUACAGCAUGGGCGACUCCAUGGGCGGCGAAGUCUUAGGUCACGCCUUAGGCUGGGCGGCCUCGCGGCUGUCCGGGGCCAUCGGAGGCGUGCUGAGCGCCGAGAAGUCACCACCCAGGACCAAAGAGAUCCAAGCAGAGCCCGCGGAGCCUCGACGGAACGGUCGACGCUCGAGCGACCCCUUGCCCGCUCCGCCCACGCCUGACGUGGCACCCAAGAGGAAGUACAGCUUUCCAGCCGAGAAGGAGUCGCCGUUGCUGUCUUACACCGAGCCCACCGAGCCCAAGGGUGCAGGCGAGCCGUUCUUUCGCGAGGCCGCUCCUCCGGCCGUUUCAGCCGCCCUCCGGCCGCCGUGCGCGCCAAUAGCAGCGCACCGAAAGCCUCGCGAGCGUGGCAACUCCGAUGAGACGGAUGUGAGCUUCUGGCCACUCUCGCCGGCGCUCUCGGAGAUCUCGCAGACCAGCUUGUCGCAGCCCAGGUUUAAGGGCUUGUUUAGUGCCAGCCCUUUGCCCGCUGGUGUCCGAGCGCCACCCGUGCGACAGGACGUCUUCACCGAGGGAAGAGGCUCUCAGGUACCAGACUCACCGCAGAUCCGAGGCUUGUUGCCCUUCCCCAGAGUGCACGUCCCACCGGGCCAACCCUUUUGGGCCCCACUGGAGCCGGAGGUAGCGGGACCGGAGAACACCGAAGACCCGCAACCCAGCGAGCCAAGUGCCGAGGGGGUCAUGAAGGAAUUGGAGGCCCUACAGGCAAUGCUCCAAUCGAAGCCCGCAGCGGCUGCUUGA